AUGGCGGAUAGAGUGUACCCAUCUGCGAAGCAGAACGGCGCUGCGGCGAACCCGGCCGCGGCGACUGCGGCUAACGGCGCGGCGGCGACCAAUCCGCCGAAACCGCAGCUCUACAACCCUAACCGCAUCCCCUACCGGCCGACUCCGACGGCGUACCACCGACACGACCGGCGGCGAUGCAACUGCAGGCGGUGCUUCUGCCUGGGCUGCUUCUGGGCCGUCCUGAUCAUCUGCAUCCUCCUCCUCCUGGCCGCCAUCGCCGGCGCUAUCUUCUACGUCCUCUACCGCCCCCAGCGCCCCGCAUUCUCCGUCUCCUCCCUCAAGAUCUCCCAAUUCAACCUCACCACCGCCGCCGCCGACGACACCACCCGCCUCACCGCCAAGCUCAACCUAACCCUCUCCGCCAAAAACCGUAAUAAGAAAUUGAUCUACACCUACGACCGCAUCUCCCUCAUCGCCUUCGCCUCCCAAGUAACCCUAGCCAACGGCUCCUUCCCGGGUUUCCCUUCCGACCCGAAUAACAUCACGAUAAUCCACUCAACCCUCUCGCUCACCUCCCAAGUUCUCGACGCCGAUUCCGUCUCCGAACUCAAAUCAGAUCUGAAGAGAAGACGCGGAUUGCCCAUCAAGAUCGUCAUGGACACCAUGGUUGUGCUGAAGCUUGAGAAAUUGAAGAGCAAGAAGUUCGGGAUCAGAGUCACCUGCGAAGGAAUCCAUAGCCAAACUCCCAAGGGGAAGACGCCGGCCAUGGCCACCACUUCCAAUGCAAGCUGUAAGGUUGAUCUCAGAAUCAAGAUCUGGAAAUGGACUUUCUAA